AUGUACAAUGACCUUGCUUAUAAAGACAAGACCAUAUUAUAUAUUGGGUACCUUUCAGCAGACACGAGAGAUACUGAUCUUCAAAUAAAAUUUCAACGAUUUGGAAGGGUUCGAGACGUGGAUGUUAAACGUGGCUUUGCUUUUGUUGAAUAUUAUAAUCAUGGUGAUGUUGAGUUAGCCAGGAGGAGAAUGAAUGGGUUUCUUCUACAUGGGAGUAAUUUAAGUGUAGAGUUUGCCAAAAAGGAAUUAAGAAGAGCAAUUAGAAGAGGUGAGUUACAUGAAGAAAUGAGGAGAGAAGUGUGUUAUAAUUGUGGAAGAGAGGGACACUUUGCAAGGGUAUGCAAAGAAGGUGAUUGGAGAAAUAAGUGUUAUGCAUGUGGGCAGACUGGUCACAUCAGAAGCCAAUGCUCCAAUGCUGCAAGGUAUCAUUCAGUAGCUCCUAAAAAUGGCUACCACUCAAGGUCUCAAUCUCCUUAG